GUUGCGUUUGCGACGGACGGCGGUACGUACUCUCUGCGACUCGCAAAACGGCGUGAAACGGGAGUCACAAACUAAAGUGGAAAAAGUAAUUCCAAAUUUAAUCAACAAAAUUAAUAUUAAACUCAUCAAAAUUAAAAAAAAAAGAAAUUAAUUGUGUGUGAAAAUUAGAACACUCCUUAUUUCAAUACAGGACUCUCUUUUAAAACAAGAUUUGAGAGUACCCUUUAAAAACAGAGAAUUUCCAGAAAGUGAACUUACGUAAACGAAGUUUUACAAAAGUUUGUAGCCAACAAAAUAAGAGUAGACUUACCAAAAUAAUUUUUUGGGACAAUUUAUUAAACUAAAAUUAACUUAACAGAAGAAACAACUUUAAAGUUGUCUGCAAUCUUAAGUUGAACAUUAUUAAAAAAUAAACAAAUUACUAGUGGACUCCGAAAAAAUGUUGAAAGAACUUUAAUUCUGGUUUUUGGAAUUAUCCUUCCCAUGGAACCAGGAAAGUGUAACAUCUUACCAAAUUAUUUAUUAAAUAAGUAAUAUAGUUAAUAACUUAAAACUUAUAAAAACUCGUUGCAUAACAUUUUAAAUCCAAAUAUAUUAUAAAAGUAAAGUUUAUUGGCCCAAAAUGACCAAGUACAAUAGUGGAAACAGUGAAAUGCCCGCGGGUCACAACAUCAAGCAGGAGUACAACAAUGGGUAUGGCCAGCAAUCUCAUCCUGGAUAUGGAUACAGUAGCUUUAACCAGCACCAGCAGCCGUCGCAUCCCAGCCAGAAUCCCCACCAGACUCUGCAGAAUUUCUUCAGUCGCUUUAAUGCCGUCGGGGAAGCCGGUUCGGGAAAUAAUGGGUCAACUUCCAUCUCUGCCUCCGGAUCGGGACUCUCCUGCAACUACAGCCACGGAAACCAUCCGGCGGAGAUGGACAAGCAGCUGGGCAUGAACAUGACUCCAUCGCCCAUCUACACCACCGACUACGACGACGAGAACAGCAGCCUCAGCUCCGAGGAGCACGUCCUGGCGCCCCUCGUCUGCUCCUCCGCCCAAUCCUCGCGACCUUGUCUCACCUGGGCCUGCAAAGCGUGCAAGAAGAAGAGCGUCACCGUGGACCGACGGAAGGCGGCCACCAUGAGGGAACGCCGGAGACUGAGAAAGGUUAACGAGGCCUUUGAGAUCCUCAAGCGACGCACAUCAUCCAAUCCCAACCAGCGGCUGCCCAAGGUCGAGAUCUUGCGCAAUGCCAUCGAGUAUAUCGAGAGCCUGGAGGACUUGCUGCAGGAAUCCAAUCCCACACGCGAUGGCGACAACCUGGCGCCCAGUCUAAGCGGCAAAAGCUGCCAGUCCGAUUAUCUGAGCUCGUAUGCCGGGGCUUAUCUGGAAGAUAAACUCAGUUUCUACAACAAGCACAUGGAGAAGUAUGGUCAAUUUACGGACUUUGACGGCAAUGCCAAUGGCUCAAGUUUGGACUGCCUAAACCUAAUUGUCCAGAGCAUCAACAAGAGCACCACGAGUCCCAUUCAAAACAAGGCCACGCCCUCACCGGCAGAUUCCAAGACGCCGCCCACAUCUGGAGUGCCUGCAUCCACAUCUCUGCAUGCGAACUUCAAGCGGAAGUGCAGCACCUAGCAUUAAGUCCCAAAACCCUUAGGCAAUUGUAAAGAUAUUUUUAAGAGGAUACACGAGAUACCCAGUGACCCAGAUAGGCCUUAAAUUAUUUGUAUAGCCCUAGCACUUAAUUAAACGAUAAUUCAAACAGCGAA